ACAGCAUAUAACAUUCCGUAAUACGUGACAAAACGUGUUUUGUAGCCAACUCUGCAAUCUGCAUGCACAAAGUGGCAUUUGCGCUUUCGUACCAGCAGCUUCUGCUAGGUCCAGUGAAGGUUUCAUUCAGUACUAUGCUGUGCGAACUCGGAUCUAAUAAACUGUGUUGAAAUCCAUUACAGUAAGCAAGACAGCAGUUUAUGGUGCAACCAAGCCUGUCGUUGCUUGCUGCAGUGGCCAAGAGAGCUGCACCUAGACUGAGAAAAGCCCCAAUAGUAUUGACCGAUGCAGCAGCGGAGAGAAUCAAAACGCUCCUUGAGAAGAGGAACAAGGAGUUUCUGAAGCUGGGCGUGAAAACGAGAGGAUGCAACGGCCUAGCUUACACCCUUAAUUACGCAGACACCAAGAAUAAGUUUGACGAAGUGGUGGACGAGAAAGGAGUGCGCAUUCUGAUCGAGCCAAAUGCACUCAUGCACGUCCUGGGCACGACCAUGGACUAUGUGGAGGACAGAAUAAAGGCGGAGUUUACAUUUUACAACCCCAAUUCCAAGGGCGAGUGUGGAUGUGGAGAGUCCUUCACAGUGUAGUGGGCGUCGAGGCAGCACUAGCGCGAAAGUACCCCGAUCUGCGAUUAUUCAUUGGACUUCCUGAUUGGGUAGUCAUGGGACAGUAAUGUUGGCUUCCAUUCUGACCACAACGCUCGAAGGCUUGGGUUGGAACAGCAAGUCAGCUAUAGUGGCAGUGGUGACUAUGUGUCAUGGAGUUGCCAGCCCACAGAUUAUCCCUGUUGCAACAAUUGUAGAGAUAGUUGCCAGUUAUCCCUUACAGUCCCUGUUGCAUUCUUUCCCUGAUUUAGUCACAAAUGCUCACAAGCAAUGGUGACAGGUUUUGACCAGCUAGGCUUUACUAGGCCAUUGCAUGCAGUUUGCUGAACGCGGGAACCGAUUUUGAGUUGAGGGUGACACAGCUUGUAAGCCCAUGCACUAGUUGUAGCAUCACACUGUAGCAGCAGAUCCUUGAAAUCCAAAUUUUGGCAGUGAAUCUCAGGUCUCAGAUCUCAGAAAGGCUUUCUGCUCCUUUCAAGAUAAGCCUCACUUUGACAAAGACUAGGACCUCAAGCACGUAUCCAGGCUUACUAAUACACAGUUGAUUCUUUGAUUUUGGCUGAGACAUUGGCUGAAAGGUCAACCAAUCGUUUGUCCUGGAGCGCUUAAGAAGGCUUCAAAUGCCAGUGGCAAAUAGUACAAAACACUCCAGAACCGCACAGGCGUCUAUAUGGUGCCUGUCUGGGACAUAAAUCUUGGACAGAGUUUAAUUUUGGCGCCUGCGACGACGGCUGCCAAGGCCCCAGGGGGCAGACCUCUGGCAAACGCUCAGGAAGCCUCCAAAGCUGCACACCCCAAUCAGGGCUGCAAUGGUGCCAGCACCCCCAAUGGACCCUAUAGAAAGCACUCCACCUACGCUCCCAAUGCUCAGGAUCGAGCCCACAGACCCAAUGCUCCACAAAGAUCCUAUGCUGCCAAUGGAAGCAACGCUCCCAACGCUCCCAAAUGAGGUAGUAGGCCAGCCGCAAGGCGAUGCGGUACCGGAUGCUAUACCCGUGGCCAGGCUCUGAGAAGGCACAUGUUUUGCGAUCAAGAAGGGAACAGCAACACUGGUGGAGACCAGCAGCAAGAAGAGGACAUUCUGCACAGUAUUGUUCAUCAAGUCUCGUGAAAGAGCCAAGCUCCAAUUGAGAGAGGAA